AUGUCUAAGAGCGUUCCACCGGGGUAUAAACGCAAGGAAAUCCAGUCACUCGUGCCGGACGAGAUAUUACAGACGUUGGGACCCGACUACGACGAGGAGCUCAACCUCUCAGAUAUCAAGACCCAUCAGGAAAAGCCCAAAGGCUCAUGGAAGGAGUUUGGGAUCCUUUUAGACGCCGGCGAGCCACAGGAUGAGCUUGGCACGAAUCCAUUGGCGGCGCCGUUGAACUAUCGCGUCUGCAACCACUGCAACCGCCCGAUCCUCGCGAGCCAUAUCGCAAAGCACAUUACCGACUGCCUCUUGAAGAAGGAGAAAAAGAGCUCGCCCAAAAAGCGGAAGGUGGUUGAGUUGGAUGAUCUGGAUAACGACAUCCCACUCGCCGCGCUCGCGUCCGACGCGCCGACGCCCAGCGCCGACGCGGACGCGAAAGCCAAAAAACCCAAAAAGCCAAAAAAGGUAAAGGAUCCGUCCGCCACGCCGCAGCCCAAGAAACCGCGAAAGGAGAAGCCAAAAGCCGCACCGAAGGUUAAAGGGCCCGUCGACGUGGAGAAGCAGUGCGGCGUGCCACUACCGAACGGUGGAUUCUGCGCGCGCUCUUUAACCUGCAAAACCCAUUCGAUGGGCGCAAAGCGCGCCGUGCUCGGCCGCUCCGCGCCGUACGAUCAGUUGUUGCUGGCGUACCAGCGUAAAAAUCAGGCACGCAUGGCUGCGGGAGUGGCCGCGGCCCAGGCUGCACGCGACGACAUGGAGACCGCAUCGCUUGAGCCGCUAGACCCGGAUGAGGAGACCCACCAGGUGUUGGAGGGGUUGGGCAAGAAUCUUGCGUAUCCGUUGGAGCGUCACACGAUCACGCCAAUCCGGAUGAAGACGCGGUUUGUGCGGAUGCGCGAGAUGUUUGCGAGCGCGAUCUUGCCGCGCGGGGUGGUCAAUGGUAUGGGGAGUAUCCAUGGAAGGGUGGGAAUUUUGGACGUGGACAAGCCGCCGGAGCAGCAGUGGGUGUAUGUGAAGGGGCCGCAGCGGGUGCAAAAGCCAAAAUAA